AUGUCGGGCCUAGAAGAUGGCAAGAAGAAGCCCCUGAAACAACCCAAGAAGCAGAACAAGGAGAUGGACAAGGACCAGAAGGCUUUCAAGCCGAAACAGAAGGAAGAACAAAAGAAACUCCAGGAGCUAAAGGCGAAGGCCACGGGGAAGGGGGCCCUGGCCACAGGUGGAAUGAAGAAAUCUGGCCAAAAAUCAACCGUUCUUGGGGACGGAGACAAUGACGCCCCUUGA